AUGUAUGGCGAGACGGAGAAAGGGACUGAGAGAAAAGCAGACUUGUUGGGCUUCAGGAAAGUGGGUGUGACCUGCUCCUUUCUGUCCCCUCCCCUCCGCUAUGGAGGUAUAGAUGGAGCGGGAGCAGCCUCCAGCAUCCACAAGUCCAGUCCAGUGAGCUGCAACAGUCCCGAGAGCCAAGAGCUCAGAGAGGUUCAGCCACUCGGGAAGCGUCCACUCUCAUUUCUGCAGCACGCAAAAGACCCCGCUCGCCUCAGUGACCCGCCGCCCGUUCCCAGCUCACCGAGAUUCAACGGCAAGCCGACACACCUGACCCUGAUGAGGAUGCAGCAGCACCCGUGCAGCCAUUCGGUGGCUCUCCUCCUGGCUUUCCUCGCCGGGACGGUCGUUUGCGGUCCCCCGACUCUCCACAGGAGCAGAGUGAGGCGUCAGAACAUGAAAGUCCGCAUCAGCGCCACGGGAGACACCAUCGUGAUGAAGUUUCUGCGUCCCAACUCUGACAUAAAGCUGGAGGGCUACAUCCUGGGUUAUGGCAGCAGCAUGUUCUCCAAACAGUUCAUACAGCUCCCGGAGAACAACGGACAGCCCUACGAGACUGAGUUUGAUGCCGAGCCCAAAUACCUGAUAGCCGUCCAACCCAUUCCAUCCAAUGAGGUCAAAAAGCAGUGCACAGGUAAAGUGGAACUGGAGAAGCCGCUGCAUUUGGUCAUUGGGUCAGUGACACCUACCUCGGUUCUCCUAUCUUGGGGAACGUUGCUGAAGACCCCCUAUGAAGGCAAUAUCAUGAAUGAAUGCUUAGAAGAUGGACACUACAUGGUGCGUUAUCGUGAGAAGAACAGGAAGUGGAACUACCAGACCUGCCCAACCAGUGAUACAGUCAUUGACAAUCUGAAGCCUAACACCGUCUAUGAGUUUGGCGUUCAGCCUAAUACAAAAGAUGGCACUGGGGUGUGGAGCAAACCAGUCAUUCACAACAUCAGCAUGCCAAGCGUAGAGGAGAGGGUCGUCAGGAAAAUCUUAAAAAGACCUCACAACUCUGGGAAACCCUUAACACCAGGUCCUCACUCGUUCCCCUAUUCUCCUCAACAUGUACCCCGAAACUGGACCCGGGGCAGAUUGCCAUUCCCCCGUAAUACAGUUCCACAAACAACUCUUGCUCCAAGAACAGCUGCAAAACAGGAAUUCCCACCUACCCCCCCACCUAGAUUGCCCGGGUUCAUCAAAAAGCAGCCAAUCGGCAAGGGGCACCACUACGCUUUCCCUCAAGCCCCCAACCUCAACCACAUACUCAAUCUCCAAUUAAGCCACAAACUCAAACACAACAUCAGCAAAAGAUACCACAAACACAGACCCAUUCAUCCCAACAAACACAUAGGCCAAAGACAGUCUUGGUACACUCUGAGUACACAGUUCAACCUGAGCCCAAGAAGCAGGCCAGUCCUAGGAUACAGCCUCAACCAAAACAGCCAACAGAGCCAAGAAUUAAGACACAGAAACGUCAGCCAAACAUUCAGUUACAACCCCGGCCACAACCUCCACCAAAGACGCAGCUCCGACCCGAACUCCUGCCACACCCCGAAUCUAGGGCCCGUCCUCAACCUCGGCCUAGGCUCCAUUUUGUGCCUCAGACCAGGAUCCAUUCUGAUCGCGACAAGGGUACCCCAAGGAAGGCAAUGCCUACGGGUUCUGGCGUUGUCAGAUCACCCAUUGCUGGAGUUCCUCAUUCUCCCAAUAGCUCAUCUACAGCAGGAAGAAACGUCGCUUUGCCUCGCCCAAGGACUCCUUCUCAUUCCACUAAUCUUGGUGUCAGACCAUUCUCUCCACCCAAGGCUCCUACCUCCUCUCAAAGCUCCAACACACCUGGCGUACACAUGCUCUCCACACUCUGCCACAUGUGCUUGGUGUACAUUUUACACCUUCACCACGGGCUGCAGAGAAGUCUCCAGGGUCAGAGUCGUUAACAUGAUUUAUGGUCCCACUUGCAGGCCAGCCAAUGGGGUGCACCAUAGGGGCAAUGCUCUUCCUAAACCUGUGGUGUGGUCCAAAGGCAAACCUGCAGUUCUGCGCAACCCUGUUCCAGGCAACAAGAGACCCAACCUGGUGGGGAAACCAAAUAAUCAUGAUAAACCCAUGAACCUCAAACAAGGAGACAAGGAGUCCAUCUUGAAGCCAUUCACUCUGGUCACAGCCAAACCGAAGCAAGAUCGCAGGCAGCAGACGACCACAGCCGUCCCAGCAGUAAACAGCAGUCGGUUUGACAUAAAUGAAAACUCCUCCAUUUUCAGGCCCUUGCCUGCAUCAGAGGUAGACAUCAUGGGAAAGAAGCGCUUUGUGGCUCCACACGUCAUCUACAAGACGGAUAAGAAACCGGACGAGCCCUGCUCCAUCACCUCUUCUCUUGCCUACUUUCCGGAUGAUGAAUUCAGCGAUCAGAAUGUGACGGGCCCCCCUCGCACAGCCCCGUCCAACCUCACCGUGGUCACAGUGGAGGGCUGCCCAUCCUUCGUGAUCCUCGACUGGGAGAAAACAGAUAACGAAACCACAGAGUAUGAAGUUGUCUCAACUACCACUGGACCAAAUGGACAGGAGGUCUCCAUACUGACCACCAACCAGACACACACAGCUGUGGAGAAUCUCACACCAGAAAGCAGUUAUGAGUUCAAAGUGACGCCAAAGAAUGAGCUUGGAAGUGGACCCUCCAGUGACCCCGUGACCUUUAGCACAGAGUCAGGCAAGUUUCCCCAAAGCAUUUGCUCUCAUCGGUCACCUCUUCUGAGAAUUUUGGAGUCGAAACCCCCGACAGUACAAAUCCAAAUCGGCUCGGACACAACGGAUCCACGUGUGAGCGAGCACGCCUCGGGUAAAGAUGCCAUCUGGACUCAGUUUCCCUUUAAAUCAGAUGCUUACUCUGAAUGCAACGGGAAGCAGUACGUGAAGAGGACCUGGUACCGAAAGUUUGUGGGAAUCCAGCUCUGCAACUCCCUGAGAUACAAGAUCUACCUGAGCGAUUCGCUCACUGGGAAGUUUUACAACAUAGGAGACCAGACGGGGCACGGUGAGGACCACUGUCAGUUUGUGGACUCCUUCUUGGACGGUCGAACUGGAACCCAGAUGUUGGCCGACCAGCUUCCAAGCAGAACGGGGUUCUUCAGAGCCAUGAGACAGGAACCAGUCAGCUUCGGAGAGAUUGGAGGAAAGUCGCAUGCAACAUACGUAGGCUGGUAUGAGUGUGGCACGCCCAUACCCGGGAAGUGGUGA